CCCUGCCACCGCCCCCUGCCACUGGUGGGCGAAACCAAGUGUGAGGGGAAGGCAGAGAGGCGCGCGCGGAGGAGUCGCCCGCUCUGCUUACAGCCACAGUCGUCACGGCCCGCGGCAACCCCUCCUGAGGCGUCUCAAUGUGGCCUGGUCGAGGUGGGGGCGGGGGCGCGGGCGCGGACUUGAAGAGCAGGCCUUUGAGUUGAAGGCGGGAAAAUGGCGGAUACCUCGGGGCGUGGCGCCGGGAAGCCUUCCUCAGGGGGUCCCAGUACUCCUAGUGGUGCUAAGACGAGAGGGAGAAGAACACAAGGUGGAAGAGUGGUGGAGUCCCGGUACUUGCAAUAUGAGAAGGAAGCCACCAAAAAGGCUCCUGCAGCAGAUACGUUAAAGAACAGUGGGAAGAUGCCUGAAGGUGGAAGAAAACCCAACCUCCUCCAGAAGAGCAAAGAUAGCAGUGGAAUUGGCAAGGGUGACCUGCAGUCCACCUUGCUGGAAGGGCACGGCACUGCCCCGCCUGACCUGGAUCUCUCGGCCAUUAAUGACAAAAGUAUGGUUCGAAAGACUCCACAAUUAGAAAAAACGAUGUUACAGAAAACUGAGUCUUCAUCAUUUUCUGCCUUGAAGAAAAAGAGCCCAGAUCUUUCCCAAGCGAUGGAAAUGGUGGAAUCCCAGACACUGCUCCUGAGUCUACUGGCCUUGAAGAUGGAGAAUGGUCUUGCAGCAUUCGAAGAAAAGGCAGAGAAGAAUCUAUUACUAAUGUGCAAAGAGAAGGAGAAGCUACAGAAAAAGACCCAUGAGCUGAAGCGCAAACUUCUCCUCUGUCAGAGGAAGCGGGAGCUGACGGAUGUCCUAGACGCACAGAUCGAGAUGCUCAGCCCCUUUGAGGCCGUGGCCAGCCGCUUCAAGGAGCAGUACAAGACGUUUGCCACCGCCCUGGACACUACGAGGCACGAACUGCCUGUGAGAUCGAUCCACCUGAAAGAUGGAGACGGGCAGCGGCUCUUGGAUGAAUUGCAGCCAGAAUUGAUGACCACGCGCCAUCUGCUGGGAGAACUUGGCAUCGGCAGCUCAGAGGAAAACGUGAAGGCUUUGGACCUGCUGAGCGAACUCAAGGAAGUGACCCAGAUGAAGGAUCUGGAGCUCCGAAGGAGCUUUGCCCAGGUUCUGGAACUCUCCGCCCAGGCGAGUAAAGAAGCAGCCUUAAUCAACCAGGAGGUCUGGGAAGAGGCCCAGGGCUCCAAGGCCUCCAGCCAGUGGUAUUUCAAUCCCGAAGAGGCCACCGGUGGGGAAACUCGAGGUGAGCCUGGGAGCCUACUCCUCCCGGGCCACGAUGAGCUGUGAAUCCACCUGCAAGCCAUGUCCCCCUGGGAAUGGGCGGGGGGGGAGCCCAUGCUGUGCCUCCUGUUGGGGGUGGGGGUGGGGAACCUGCAGUGACCCACGUGUAAUAUUCUGGAAACUUAAGCACUUUAUGUACUUAGUCUAGUUGUAUAGCUGUUUUUGUAUGAUAAUCUCAUUUGCUAUUUAACAAAACAGUUUUGCAGUUGAACCUUGGUAAUUUAACAAAUAAAACUAUUCUGCAGUUG